AUGCUACGUGCAACACUUCUUCUGUGUUUAGUGCUGGGAGCUAUAGCAGAAAGCGUUCAUUGGCAAUGGCGUGACCUGAUAUGCAAGACCAAAGAUGACAAGGACUCAAAAAAUGCUUCCGAUUGCGAACUCCUGCUGAAAGAAACCGAAAAUGAUCAAAAUCCUAGAAAAGUCCCCACAAACACUUGUUUUGAUGAAGAUGCUAAUGGUCAGCCACGGCGAUACUGCAAUCUGCUAUGUCCUGGGGCAGCUACGGCUUACAGAAUCACAAGAGUUCCUCAAAACCACAAGUAA